GGUUUGCACAAGGAUCGCAGUGUGCUGUUAAUCUUAGAUCGUGGAUUUGAUCCCAUCAGCCCCCUGGUACAUGAAUUAACGCUACAAGCGAUGUGCUAUGAUUUGUUGAAAAUCACAGACAACACCUACACCUGCGAAAAUGGCAAGAAGGUUAGUUUGGGCGAACAGAAUCCGUUGUGGAGAGAACUUCGCCACACUCAUAUCGCUCAUGUCUCAAGUGAUCUUCCAGCCCGUGUGCGGGAAUUCGCAGCCAGCAAAAAGCAAUUUCUUGCUCUCCAGAAAUCGAAAUCUAACCAAUCCAGUGAGGGUGGCUAUGUGAAUGAAGGUGCCACAAUUGAAGCUGGUCCGAAGGAUUCCGUGGGCCUGCAAGACUUGUCUAAUCUGAUACGUCAGUUGCCCCAGUUCCAAGCGGAAGCCGCAAACUAUUCCGCUCUGUAUGUGGUCACUGACGCCUGUAUGCGCAUCUUUCGACAGGGUGCAGAUAAAUUGUGCAUUCUGGAACAGGAUCUUGUUAUGGGGCAAACUGCUCAAGGUGAUGUGGUACGCGAUCCCAUGCGACUACUGGUCGAAAUGUUCAACUACGACUUUGCCUCAGUUGAGGAUCGACUUCGCUUGUUGAUGAUCUUUUCACUAAUCAAAGAUGGAAUUUCUGAAAACCAUUUGGACAAAUUACUGGACACUGCUCAACUACCUCGAUUGAACAAAGCUUUGUUCGCUAGCCUUUCACUGCUCGUCGGAUCUCAGCUCAUUCAACCGGAACCAAUGUCGUUCGGAUCGAACCGUAUGGACGUUGCUGGUGGUUCUCAAAUCACUUUCGGUCAGUUAGAGUGCCUUAAACGCUUGCCUCCUGUUUCCUCAGUGUCAGACAGGGUCCAACGCUUUCUACCUGCAAAAAACAAGCGCAAGGAUCGGUUCGAUUCCACACCAUUUGCACAUUCGCGGUGGACACCGUAUUUGGUCGAUCUCAUGGAGGAGAUAAUCGAGAACAAAUUGGAUAGUCAACUUUUCACAUUUCUCCAACCGAGAAACACUGGCUUCGCCCAAAAUCCCGGACCACAAGCAGUUGAUUCGCCUCGUGAUUUUAAAGGUCCCUCAGCUCGUUUCCACGCAAGUGUCGCCGAUCACCCAGUCCUGGAUUCAACAUCUUUUCAGGUACAAUGGGCUCUGGUGCAGAGCAUUGUGGCCCACGCCUGA